AUAAUUAAUGACAUUUACAUGACACUCAUACAAAAUGAUGAAAACAAAGUUCCUGGGCAUCAUUCACUUACUCUUCAGGCUGAUACAAUAGAAGAUUGGCCUCUUCCUGCGAUUUCUAUUGCGCAUCCUUUAUCGGUAAGUAAAUCAGUAAAUGAACGGAGCAACGGUUGGGGGACAGAUUUUUUCCUCUUAAUUUUAUAA